AUGUCUGCCCGUGAUUUCAAGCCUGAGACGUGGACUUCAACUGCGAAUGAAGCUUUGAAAAUUUCCAUAGUUGGUGAAAAUGCUAUCCAGUUUCCACCAUUAUUCACGUAUCCAAUCUACGGCGAAUCAGAAAAGAUCUAUGGUUACAAGGAUCUUGUUAUCCAUCUAGCAUUUGAUUCAAUAGCUUUCAAACCAUACGUCAAUGUUAAAUAUUCAGCAAAGUUAGAGGAUAACGAUGUUAUAAAUGUGGAAGAGAAAUUGCUUUCUUUUCUACCGAAGAAUGACGUUAUUGUAAAAGAUGAGGCUAAAUGGGUAGAUAGUUUUAUGGAAGAGCAAAAAAAUCAUAGUCUGCCUGAUGGUUUUAAAACGAUAUCUGAAUAUUCGUUAGGUGGGGAAGAGUUUGUUGUAUAUAAAGCAAAUUUGAUUGACAAUUAUGCUAGAAUGAUGCACCAUCGCGUACAAAUCUUUUCAUUACUUUUCAUUGAAGCUGCCAAUUAUAUAGAUGAGGACGACUCAAAUUGGGAUAUUUUCUGGUUACUCAACAAGAAAACAAAACAGUUAAUUGGUUUUGUAACUACCUAUAAGUAUUGGCACUACCUAGGUGCAAAACCCUUUGAUGAAAAUACUGACAAAAAGUUUAGGGCUAAAAUAUCUCAAUUUCUUGUCUUUCCACCUUAUCAAAAUAAAGGGCACGGAUCCUGUUUUUAUGACGCCAUAGUACAAUUUUGGUUGAAAGACGAAAGUAUCACCGAAAUUACAGUAGAGGAUCCAAACGAAGCAUUCGAUGAUCUUCGUGAUAGGAACGACCUUCAAAGGCUACGAAAAAUGGGGUUUGACGCUACUUUAAGAAAGCACUCGGAACUUCCUGAUGAGUUUUUGGAAUCAAGCCGAAAAUCUUUUAAACUGGAAGAAAGACAAUUCAAACGUCUAUUAGAAAUGCUUCUUCUUCUUAAUCAUUCUCCGUCAUUUGAAUUGGAAGUGAAGAAACGUCUAUUUAUCAAAAAUUAUGAUGCUCUCAGUGGAAUUGAUCCAGAAGAAGCUAAACAAGCUUUACAGAACUCAUUUCUUUUGGUGAGAGAUGACUAUUCGCGCAUUUUAGACUCAUUGAACAUCUCCGAAGCUUGA